AUGUCUUACUCUGAGACAGACCUUUUCCAGUAUACUAGUGGCCGUUGGCUCUGGAACGAAGAGCAGCAGCUCAAGAACCGAUAUACUCCUUUCAAUGUGCCUGAGUUGAAGAGAAUUGCAGCGCAUAGUAUCGGUGCAGGUACAUGCACUGCAAUCACAAAAUUGGCAGAAGGAAACUACAAUAAAUGCUUUAGACUUGAGAUGGACAAUGGAUCAGCCGUGAUUGCACGAAUCCCCCACCCCAACGCCGGGCCCAGGUACUAUACUACGGCAUCUGAGGUUGCAACCAUGGACUUUGCUCGAACGAUUCUCGGAAUACCGACACGCCGUGUGUAUGCUUGGGAUGCCGACAAGGAUAACUCCGUCGGUUCUGAGUACAUCAUCAUGGAGGAAGCAUCAGGUACCAUGGUGCAAGAAGUGUGGGAAGAUUUUUCCAUCGAUGACAAAAUGGACUUCGCACAAGAGCUCGCUGAGUUACAGAGCAAGUUGCUUCAAGUACCCCUAAACUGCUAUGGAAGCCUGUACUAUGCAACCUCCAACAUCAAAGAUGCCGUUCCGGCUGAGACCAGUGGAGAAGUAACCCCAGAGCUUAGAGACGAGAUACGCCGUCGUUUUGUUAUCGGUCCAGUUGCGCUAAGAGACUAUUGGAACAAUCAACGUGCAAAGAUGGCCUUGGAUCGUGGACCAUGGCAACAACCACAGGAUUAUCUACUCUCCCUAGCUCGGCGGGAAGAGGCAUGGAUUCAGCAAUACGCAACAACAACAACAACAUCGCCAUCCGAAGAUUGCCCCCAGGCACCCUCAGCAACCCAAAGUGACCCAGACAGUCAUCUCUCCUUGCUGCACAAAUAUGCCAAAGUUGCACCCCAUCUCUGGCAUACAGAUCUGCACGCUGGAAACCUCUUCAUUCAAAACGGUAGAUUAUCUAGUGUCAUAGACUGGCAAGGACAGUGGAUAGCACCACUGGUGCUUCAAGGAUGUCCUCCAAAGCUAGUCCACUAUGAUGGCGAACUUAUCUUUGAAAAGCCCGAGAACUUCGAUGAUCUUGAUGCACAGGAAAAGUCUCGGAUCCGAAAAUGUAUAGGCAAGUCGAUGGUGUUCUAUCUUUAUCAACUGCGGAUUAAGAAUAGGUUCCCCCUUCUUUUGGAAGUCUUUGGACAUCCCUAUGGAGAAAUUAGGACGGAUCCAAUUACUAUGAUGGGCAAUACGUGGGAUAACGACAUCAUUCGAUUACGGGGACGUCUGAUAAUGGUGAUACUGGGAGUCAAUGGGAUUUGA